AUGGGUGUAUCCUGGACGGACGCUGGCCAAACUGCCGCCAUCGUCCUCGCGGUGCCUCUCGGCUUGUACAUUUUAUUCCUCCUCAUCGGUGCCAUUCCAUACUUUCAGAGACUCUUCGUCUAUGCCCAUAUCUUCAACACACUCCUGUGGGACAAUGUUGAUAAGCCCGAAAAAUGGGGUUUCGCUCUUCACGGUAAUGCCGGGCAUAUCGCUAAUGGAUGGAGGACGGAUACCUACCAUUCUCUUACGGACACCACAUCUUACCACGUCCUUGCCAUAGACUAUCGUGGAUUCGGACGCUCUUCCGGCAGGCCGACCGAGAAGGGCAUUAUUCUCGAUGCCUUGACAGCCGUUGAAUGGGUCAUGAAGACCGCGGAGGUGCCCUCCGAGAGGAUCGUCCUUUUCGGUCAGAGUCUAGGUACUGCCGUAGCGAGCGGCGUUGCAGAGCUAUGUGCAGAUGAUGAUCUCGAGUUCGCCGGCAUAAUCCUCAUUGCCGGAUUCAGCAAGCUUCCAACCAUGCUUACGGGAUACCGAAUCUCCGGAUACGUUCCUGUAUUUGGGCCGUUCUCAUGGGUUCCUCUCACGUCCAGGUGUCUACAGGCCCUCAUCUACGAGAAAUGGCCUUCGGAGGAUCGACUUGCGCGCGUCGUGAAGCGGACCAAAACCCGUCUGAGGCUCACCUUCAUACACGCACAGAACGAUAUGGACAUUCCGUGCCAUGAGAGUGAUAAGCUCUUCAGAUCUGCGGCGAGUGCCACCCUGCCCGAUGGUCUUGAUCCCUUAGAGUUUGAAUCAAAGAAAGAGAAUGGCACGACCAAGUGGGAGAAAGGCGCUUUCCGGAGGAUAUGGACGGCGGAGCCCAACAUUAUUAUUCUCCAAGAGCAAUUUCCACAUGGAGGCCAUAAUCGCAUUAUGAAGUUCGCCCCCACCUUGCUCGCAGUCAUGAGGUCAUUUGAUGAGGAAUAG